AUGUUCAAGCGCUCUUUCGUAUCUAAGGACCGGGCGGGUAAAACCGUCAAGGUCGCCAAGAAGAAGUACGACGAGCUGGUUAAGGAGAAGAUGAAGCAGAAAGUGGAAAGUCCCUCAAUGGGAAGCCCCCUUACCAGCCCUAUCAUUACUAUGAUUGUUGGCCGGGACCAGCGUCUCUUCGCUGCCCAUGAAGAUGUCCUAUCCGUGUCGCCGUUCUUUAGUACUGCUUUGAAGGAGCAGUUUCUCGAAGACGGUGCCAAGCAACUGAGUUUGCCUGACGAAGAACCUGAGAUUCUGUCGUGUGUUCUCGAGUUUUUGUACAAGGGCGACUACUUCCCGCGUUUGUUGCGUGGAAAGCAAAGACACUCUUGGUCACUCGAGAACGCCCAGGAUAUCAAUCAGACUGGUGGCCGUGGAUCGAGCGAGCCGACAAUGUUCCACUCCGGAGUGGGAGAUCUCGUUCUCCGAGACACAGCAGUGUACUGUGCUGCCGAGAAGUACGGCUUGGAAGAACUCAAGCGCCUUGCCCUCCGAAAGCAAGGUCUUCAGAGUGGUAUUCCAGCCGACGUGAUCUUGCGAUCCGCUCGAUAUGCAUAUGACAACACACCCGAGUCUGAUUCCCGGCUGCGCGCUCAUUACCUGGCUCUCAUCAUCCGCAGUCGCAAGACUUUUAAGAGCAGCGGAACCUUGCAGAUGGAGAUGGAGGAAGGAGGCAAGUUAUUCUUCGACCUGUUUGUAGCGAUGUGCAACCACAUGGAUGACCUGUCAGAGCUGCGGUACGAUUCAAUUUCUCCUUCUUCUCCUUCUCCUUCUCCCUGA